AUGCCUGCUAAGAAAGAGUUCACAGCAGAUGAGCAUUACAAGCUCGGAGGCCGUCCACCACUUACAACAAUCAUUGCUCUUGGAACUGGUCCUGUUAUUUCUGAAUUAAUUGGUGCUUUAUAUGGAAUCGUUGAUACAAUAUGGGUAUCAUUGGCCCUCGGUUACAGAGGUAUGUCAGCUAUCUCGGAGUACUCUGUUUUCGAUAAUAUCGGUCGUGCUUUCGGUGGUUGGUUAAAUAUUGCUGCAAAUACGAAGACAAGCCAACUCUACGGCAUGAAAAAGGAGAGUGAAAUUGAUCAGCUAUUCUCAGAUCUUAUCAGAAUUGCUAUAAUCUUUUCCGCAAUAGUUCCUGCAAUCCUUUUACCAAUUGUCAAGCCGAUUGCGUUCUGGUACGGUGCAGAUGAAGAUCUCGUUAACCUUGGUUUUGACUAUAUUCUACCUGUUUUGCUUUGUUCUUGUUCAUCAAUCUUCUUAUUCCUUGCAGGAGGCUUUCUUCAAGGAGAAGGUCGUACAAACUUGUUUGGUAUUGUCAACAUCAUUUGUUUCUUCCUGAACAUGGGUCUUUUUGAUCCUUUGUUCUUGUUCGGACUCAAAAUUGGAAUCAGAGGUGCCGCCUUCUCAACAAUUCUCGCUGAGUUAAUACCAGGUAUCACAUUAAUUAUUCUCUUCUACUGCGGAAAGUUCGGCAUCAAGCCCAGCCCUCAUGGUUUAUUCAAAAAAUUCGGACCACACACGAUUCCAUGUCUUAAAGUUGGUGUUUCGCAGCUUGUUGCAAAACUUUCACUUACAAUCCCAGCUAUCAUUGUCCGUAAGCUCCUCGGCUUGUGCACUGGUGAAGAAUUUCCAGCUGCUUUAUCCGGAUACAACGCAACAGUCCGUUUCAUUGUUCUUACUCAAUCUCUUAUGAUUGGCGUCAACACAGGCAGUAUCCCAGCCGCUUCCUAUGCGAACGCUUCAAACCAGCCGAAGAGGUGGCUUGAAUUAGCAUUCCACGCACUCUGGAUCAACUUCUUGUGGGGUGGCCUUACAUCUCUCCUCACGUGGAUCUUCCCAAGAUACCUCUCAAUGAUCUUUUCCACAGGCGAGGAGUAUCUAAAGUGGGCCGAACCAAUGAUGAGAGCAAGAAACUCUGUCGCCUUCUUCUCUUUCUCAAGGUUCAACGCGCAGUCUAUCAUGCAGAGUCUACAAUGCGGCGGAAGGGCAAUAAUCAUCAGCUUCUUCUGCCAGUUCGUUUCGAUAUUGGGAUUCUCUUACAUGUUCUACGCACUGUUCCACGACGGAAUCAAGCUACAGCUCUGCUACCCGGCGGCUGAUGUAUUUGGCCUUUUCUUCGGUGGAGCAAUUGCAGUACCUCUUAUUGUUCAGAAGAUUAGAGAGGCAAAGGCUGUAUCAAAGCUGGAUGACAAGCCAAUGACAGGAACAGGCCAAGGAGUAACUUAUACGGAAGUUUAA